AAGUACUGCUAUAUAACCUUGUACAUUCGACCAUCUCUGUUGAUAUGUAAACAAGGUUAUUUGUUUUAUAUUAUAAUACAUCGUUCAGUGGAACUUUGGAAUCUUUAGCAUAGGUGCAGUCAUGGUGACCCAGGAGAAUGAGUAUUACAUACGACUGAUACUUCUGAUGCUAAGAGCUGGAACUUUAGUUUUGAGGCAGACACUUUUCAAAGAGUUAGAAGAUCGGGAUAUACAACUAAACAGUUUCCUUCAAAUAAAUAAAGACGCAGUAAAGCAAUUAAAGGAAUCAAAAGUAUUAACUUUAAAACAGUACAACAUCCUUUUCCCAGAUAAUGACACAAUGCCUGACAUAUGCAAAUUCGAUAUUUCCUUACUUUCUUGUUUAUUACUGAAUCUGUUUGUUCCGUCAUUGCACAGAUCAGAUGAGAAGGCAAUAGAAAAUAUACGAACAUUACGAAAUGAUUUUAUUGCCCACCACCCGAAUGGCUGCAUUGACGGAAGGACAUUUUCCAACAAAUCGAAUCAACUUCGUACAUCAAUUUUGAAUCUAGGAAAAAGAUUGAGUAGUGAAGAAUAUUCGAGCCUCGCCGAAAUGAUUAAGAGUGUCAAUGAUGAUCCGAUAGAUAUAAAGUGUGCACUUCAAGACUUCAAACUAGAUGCAGCUGGUACCUGUGAACAGUUUAUUGAGCACGUCAGCCAGCAGAUAGAACACCUUUCUCUCACAGUGGAGCAGCUAAGAAAUAAUCAGCAAGAUAUACAGCAAGUGGUGAUAGAUCUGCAAAAUAUUAUUCAAAAUGGAAAUAAAAAUAUUUCGACUGUAAUAGUUGGUGAAGUGACUGUAAGCGGUAGAAACCCAGAAGCGGUAACAGAAGCAGCAGCAACAUUAAUUGCGCAUGCCAAAAGAUCAAAAGGAUUUAUUAAAAGGUUCAGUUCGGCUUUAGAGUCCAGCAGACAAGGGAUGGCAAACAAAAUAUCUACCGUAUUUACCCGUGUUAAAGGUUUUUUCUCAAGUCGAAAUCCAGAUGAACAAAGCGCUUCUCAGAGAAGUGUAGCAUUACUUCUUGAGGACAUUCAAAAUGCCCGAGGUGAAGUUAUAGAUGUAUCGGAAGGUUCCGUGCUCUUACAUAUUCGAUGCCAUUCCGUUGUUGUGCUGUUAAGCGUAUUGAACUAUUUUAAGAGUACAGUAUUAGAACAAAGGUUGAAGGAUAUAGAAGAAUGUUUAACAGAAGAAACAGGAUCGAAAAUAAACUUGUCAGCAUGCAUUCAAAUAAAACCACUACAAGAAGCCGUUCAAAAUAUAAUGGAAAACCAAAGUCAAAUGUUCACCAAAUUAGUACGUUUUUCCGUUAAAUGUCGAGAUGCGGAAGGUGUUCUAAACGUAUUCAACUUAUUCGAAGGUUCUAAAAUGUCUGACAAUGUCUCCACAUUAUCGAACAGUUUAUCAAGUGAAGUUGGAGAGCCUGUUACGUUGAAAACAUCCGUUGAUUCGUACUCAAUACAAGAGUAUAUCAGAGGAGCAAGAGAUAAUGCAUCGGAACAAAUAGAGACGGAACAAAGCGUGACAAGAUUGAUAUCAGAAAAGAAAGAGGGAGCGAGCGGGGCACUGCAAAAUGUCUCCAUAGAAGAGACUGACCAACCGUUUGUGACUGAAGACCCAUCUACUCCGACGGUAUCAGGUUUAAGCUGGUUGGCACAAAAAGACACCUUCAGAUCUUUACGCGAUCGGUCGUAUUAUGAUGGCAUCAAACUGCUUCAGAAAGGUGAAAAUCAGUACGAAUUUGUAGCCUUCCUUUUGUACAGUGAUACAGACGAGAACGUCAGCAGUUUCGUCAUUGACAGACUGAACACACAUUUGCAUUUAUUGACGGGAAUCCAAAGAGACCUUAUUUGCACUGAAGAUAAACAUUUUAGAAUAGGGUAUUUCAUUUUAGGGGAGUACAUACAAUGUAUGGAAAGAUCUGCAAUGGUAGUUGUAAUUGUAUCAGACUUGGCUGAUACGUCACACUACGCAGUAUUGAAAGACGCAGAUGCUUGUGGGAAGCAAAUAGUACCUAUUAUAUUAGAAGGUGGUGAUAUCAAUGCAUCAUUUUUUAAAGGAUUUGCUAACUUAAGUAAAGUUAAAUUGCGUUUAAAGAAGGAAUAUGACGGAUACACUCCAGAACCAGAGUGGACAGAAUUUUGUUCAUCGAUCAUACGGCUUAUUCCAAAUUCAGGCGUAAAAGUGAUGUCAUAUAAAAGACAGCACAGAAUCAAGGACGAUACCUUGAGCAAAUUUGGGCCUAUGAUCACGAAACUACAAAGGGAAGUUGUUCAUCACCAGAAAAUGAGCCCCAUUGAUUCUGAGGACGAUACCUUGAGAACGCUUGGGCCUAUAAUCACGAAACUACAAAGAGAAGUUGUCGAUCACCAGCAAAUAACCCCUAUUGAUUUUUGAGUGUCCAAAUAUAAAAAUAAAAAGUCCUAGGCUUAGCCAGGAUUUUCGGAAGGGGUGCAUCUACUUACAUAGACAUUUUUAAGGGAAUGAAAUAAGGUUUCCAUGCCGAGGGAAAUGAAUUACACACUGGAUCCUGUAUAGAAAAUACACAGAACAGUAUAGUAUGAAUAAUUUUAAAGAUAACUAUAACAUGAACAGUGGUGACAAUUUAUUUAAACCAUCUGAACAGUCCUUAUUAAAGCUGUCAUAUCUUAGUAAGUGCCUUAUUGUUGCGAAAGAAAUUAGUUCCUGAUCAGAUGAUGGAAUGUAUCUGAUGAAACGACUUGUCCACGGAAGAUGCAUUCCGAAUUCCUGAUACCCUUAUACUGAUAUUAAACAACCCGAUACAAAAGUGGCAUACAGAUCACAAAUAGGAGCGGCUGGUAAACCUAUGGAUAAAAUAAUCAAUAUGUUUAACAGAUACCUAGUCAACAGUGCCUAAGAAAUUUGAUUUUUUACAAUUUCAUGUACAUGUAGAUAGUUUAAUGAGAUGAACAUUUUUAUUACUCUUAAUACUUUUUCACUUAUUGCACAGUUUUCUUCUGUGCUGUAUAUAUCUGAAUGUACAAAUCUGAUGGAUCUGAAAAUUAUUUGUAGCACAUGUAUACAUAUUACCAAUCUAUAUAUUUUCUAAUGUUUUCGGAGAACUAUUAUAUACUACUAAAUAUUUAAGAAUUUAUUUAUAUUAAGAAUUUUCUGACAGAACUAAAAAUGUUACUGCAAAAACGUCUCAUAUAGACAGUGUUCUAGGUACUGGCUAUAUAAUCGUGUGGUUCUCUUUUAAAGAAAGUUUAUAUAUGCCUGUGUGUAUGUAUAGGUAUAAAUAUGAUUUAUGUUCACAAUUUUGGCGGUUUUUCUUCCCCCAACUUUGAUUCUCAAUAAAAAUAUUUCAAGAAACAGUCUAUUAUUUUGUUAAGGUAAUUUGUUUAGGAAUGUAUAUAGUUAUCCGUCAUUUUAUCAUUAAAAUGACA